GUUGUUCUAACCUCCCUCCCCUCCCGACAAAAAUCGACAAGUCAUAUAUUGGUUUCCCAUUUGAUCCCCGACUCCCUUCCCUCUCUCGCUUGAAUAUAGCCUGAAAGCUCGUUGUUUGAAUAGCAAUCUCUUUUCAAUUCAAUUACAUCAUCAUUGUCGAUACAAAAUUGCUCUACUUCUCUUGCAUCAUUACGAUUCAUCAUCCCCAAUUCCAUACCGCCACUUUUCAAGGUCCUGUAAAUUCCUCCUCCAUUUCUCUUUCUUAAUCCAACUAACAUUUUUAGGGUUUUAGUUCGCACGUUCUCAUGAAUAACAAUAAUAAUAAUAAUACUCGAGGACGCUAUCCACCUGGGAUCGGCGCUGGGACUGGUCGUGGGGGUUCGAAUGCAAACCCUAAUCUCCAACCGAGACAUUAUCAUCAGCAGCAGCAACACCACCACCAACAACACCAACAACAACACCAACAGCAGCAGUAUGCACAGAGGGGUCCAAUGCAGAACCAUCAACAUUAUCAGAGUCAACAACAGCAGCACCAGCAGCACCAGCAGCAGAAUCAGAAUCAGAAUCAGAAUCAUCAGUGGAUGAGGAGGAACCAACUAGGGACAGAUUCUGGCGCCGUUGAAGUUGAAAAGACCGUGCAAUCAGAGGCUGUCAAUUCGAGUUCUCAAGAUUGGAAGACAUCACUAAAGAUUCCUCCUGCUGAUACUAGGUUUAAGACAGAGGAUGUCACUGCUACGAAAGGAAAUGAAUUUGAAGACUACUUUCUGAAGCGUGAGCUACUGAUGGGUAUAUAUGAGAAGGGUUUUGAAAGGCCAUCGCCUAUUCAGGAGGAAAGCAUUCCCAUUGCACUAACUGGAAUUGAUAUCCUUGCUAGAGCUAAAAAUGGAACUGGAAAAACUGCUGCCUUUUGCAUUCCUGCCUUGGAGAGGAUUGAUCAAGAGACCAACGCCAUACAAGCUGUUAUACUUGUUCCAACAAGAGAAUUGGCCUUGCAGACAUCUCAAGUAUGUAAGGAGCUUGGAAAACACUUGGAAAUUCAAGUCAUGGUUAGCACUGGUGGAACCAGUCUAAGGGAUGAUAUUAUGCGCUUGUAUCAACCAGUUCAUUUGCUUGUUGGGACUCCUGGAAGGAUUCUGGAUCUCUCAAAAAGGGGCAUCUGUGUUUUGAAAGAUUGCUCAAUGCUCAUCAUGGAUGAGGCUGAUAAGCUCUUAUCACCAGAGUUCCAGCCCUCGAUAGAGCAUCUGAUUAGUUUCCUACCAGCGAAUCGUCAAAUUUUGAUGUUUUCAGCUACAUUUCCUGUAACCGUGAAGGAUUUCAAAGAUAGAUAUCUUAGGAAGCCCUAUGUUAUCAACCUCAUGGAUCAGCUGACUCUAAAGGGUAUAACACAGUUUUAUGCUUUUGUUGAAGAGCGACAGAAGGUUCAUUGUCUAAAUACACUGUUCUCAAAGCUUCAAAUAAACCAAUCCAUCAUUUUUUGUAAUUCGGUGAACCGGGUUGAGUUGCUGGCUAAGAAAAUUACAGAACUUGGCUAUUCUUGUUUCUAUAUCCAUGCCAAGAUGCUUCAGGAUCAUCGUAACAGAGUGUUCCAUGAUUUCCGUAAUGGUGCAUGCAGAAAUCUAGUUUGCACAGAUCUCUUUACUAGGGGGAUAGACAUUCAAGCAGUCAAUGUUGUGAUUAAUUUUGAUUUCCCUAAGAACUCAGAAACAUAUCUCCACAGGGUUGGACGAUCUGGAAGGUUUGGACAUCUAGGACUAGCGGUUAAUUUGAUCACAUAUGAGGAUCGUUUCAAUUUGUAUAGGAUUGAACAAGAACUUGGAACUGAAAUUAAGCAAAUCCCUCCUCACAUAGACCAAGCUAUAUAUUGCCUGUGACUUUUGUGUUGUUUGAACCAACUUAUGAGAGAAUGAAUAACGGAAAAUCUGGUGAGUUUUUGUUUGUUUUUUUGUACUUGUGUGAAUCGAUGGACAUGUCGAUGUUCAAUGGAUGGAUUCAUUGGUGCCUAGGUCAGGUGGUAGUGAUGUUGAUGAAUCAAACAAAGAUAAACAAACAUGAGCAUGACGCUUUCUUUCGAUGAUAAUAUCUGUAGGACUUUUAUUAUUAGAUAGUUGUCCUGUAAACCAGAUUGUUGCGGGUUCGAUUAGACUUUGGAAUAUUAAGUUACAUUUCCUUCUAUGUCCAGAUUCAAUCUCUCAACUCUA